ACUGCAGCAGCUGCCAACUUUACCCGAGGCGAGCUUGCCACAGCCUUGAGGAAGAAUCCAUAUAUGGUGAAUAUCAUCAUGGCUGGCUACGACAAGGACAUUGGCCCAUCCAUCUACUUUAUUGAUUAUAUUGCUUCUCUUCACAAGCUUGAUAAAGCAGCAUUUGGUUAUGGAUCGUAUUUUGCACUCUCCAUGAUGGAUAGGCAUUACCGCAAAGACAUGAUAGUUGAAGAAGCCAUUGAUUUAGUUGACAAGAUCAUAAUGGAAAUACGAAGUAGGCUGGUUGUGGCCCCACCAAACUUUGUAAUCAAAAUUGUUGACAAAGACGGGGCAAGGGAAUAUGCUUGGCGUGAAUCUAUCAAGGAUGCGCCUGUUCCAGGAGUUUGAGACUUUUCAGGGGUAUUAAUAUGUUUUGAUGCUUCGUUGAUUGACUCUAAAAUAACUGUUGAAAUCUUCAAAUACUGGGAUUUUUUCUGUGUUUGAUUUAUGAUAUGCUAGAAGUCUUGCUUUCUAAAGAACUUAACGUGCUUUUGCUUAGUAGUUGAUAUAAAGACUGAGAUUUUAUUCGA